CAAAGCACCGUUCCCUGUGCCAGGGAAGCGGAGGAAUCUUGGUGCGCAGGCGCGUCGCGGUUCUCGCGCGAGUAGGGUUGGCUUGAGGGACAGAUGUCAGUGUCGACUGGGGAAGUUGCGCUUUCGGAUGGACCAGUACCUUUGGCUUUACCUGCUCACAUCUGACAGAUUCUUGGAAUUUUCCAUGUUCUUCAGGCUAAGAAUUUCAUAGGAUGAAAAUCCAAAGGGUGCCAUGUUAAAAGUCAAAAAUAUGAUGAGAGCUGUCAGAGUGUAUGAAUUUGGUGGCCCUGAAGUGCUUAAGGUGCAGACAGAUGUUCCAAUUCCAGUUCCAAAUGAUCAUCAGGUUCUCAUUAGAGUUAAUGCAUGUGGCGUUAAUCCAGUAGACAUCUAUAUUCGCUCUGGGACGUACACGAGACAACCAACAUUGCCAUACACACCUGGUGAAGAUGUAUCUGGUGUAGUAUAUGAAGUUGGGAAAAAAGUAACUUCUUUCAAGAGAGGAGACAGGGUUUUUACCCUUAAAACUGAUUCUGGCGGUUAUGCUGAAUAUGCUGUUGCAGCAGCUGAUUCAGUCUUUCCCUUGUCUGAUAAACUGGACUUCAAGCAAGGUGCUGCAGUUGGAAUUCCAUAUUUUACAGCAUACCAUGCUCUGUUUCAAAAGGGUUCUGCUAAUGCAGGAGAAACUGUGCUAGUCCAUGGAGCAAGUGGAGGGGUUGGAGUAGCAACGUGCCAGCUUGCAAAAGCUUAUGGCUUGAAGAUCUUGGGCACAGCUGGAACUGAGGCAGGAAUGAACCUGGUUUUGAGAAAUGGAGCCUAUGCUGUAUUUAAUCACAACGAUGAAAAUUAUAUAGCUCAGAUUAAGAGAAGUGCUGCGGCCCAAGAUAUCAAUAUAAUAAUUGAGAUGUUGGCUGAUGUCAACCUUGACAAUGAUUUGAAACUGCUGUCAAGUGGAGGGAGAGUGAUGAUUGUGGGUUCUCGAGGUCUCAUUCAGAUAAAUCCUAGGGAAACUAUGGCUAAAGAAACAAGUAUCAGAGGAGUUUCUUUAUUUUCUGCAACUAAGGAGGAGAUGAAGCAAUGUGCAGCGGCUAUUCUUGCAGGAGCAGAAGCUGGUUGGCUGAAACCAUUUGUGGGCUGUGAAUAUCCGCUGGAGAAAGUGGCCGAAGCCCAGCAAGACAUCAUUUACAGCCGGGGUGCCACAGGGAAGAUGGUGCUUGUUGUAUGAUAAAUUAUUGCCAAUUUGCUUAACAACAUAACCAUAGGUAUACUGAUCUGUCUCUAUCCUAUUGGUACUCCACAACAUAUGAUUUAGAUAUACGUUAUAACAGAUGUAAUGUAGUGAUCUCAUUAAGAUGAUUAAAUAUUUUAGAUUUGAAUUAA